AUGGAGUCUGUGACGCCCCAGCCUCCGGCCUAUCAGAAUGACAAGAUUGGCGAGCAGAAGCAUGCUCCCAGCUUUGAGGAGGAGGGUGGCCUCAAGUAUGGCGAGGUGGCCGAUGCUUUUGGUAACGAGGAGUAUGCCGAGAUCAAGUACAAGACCUUGAAGUGGUGGCAAUGUGGUCUGCUUAUGAUUUGCGAGUCUGUCUCGCUGGGUGUCCUGUCAUUGCCCUCUGCAAUGGCUACGCUGGGCCUGGUGCCUGGUGUGAUUCUGAUCAUUGGCCUGGGUCUGCUGGCCACUUAUACUGGUUAUAACAUUGGCCUGAUGCGUGAACGUUACCCGCACAUCCAGAACCUGGGUGAUGCCGGUGAGAUUCUGCUUGGCCGCUUUGGCCGUGAGCUCUUCGGAGCCGGUCAAUUCCUCUUCUGCAUCUUCGUCAUGGGCAGUCACAUCCUGACCUUCCGUGUCAUGAUGAACACCAUCACCGACCACGGCACUUGCUCGAUCGUCUUCAGUCUGGUCGGCAUGCUCAUCUCGCUCGUCCUGUCCAUCCCGCGUACCAUGCGUGGCAUGACCUGGAUCUCCUUCGCCUCCUUCCUGUCCAUCUUCAGCGCCGUCAUGAUCACCAUGAUCUCUGUCAGCGUGGAGGAGCACCCCGGCCGCAUCAUCGAAGCCACCGUCGAGAACAACCUGUACACCGCAUUCCAAGCCGUCUCCAACAUCGUCUUCGCCUACUGCGCCCACGUCGCCUUCUUCGGCCUGAUCGCUGAGAUGGAGACCCCCAAGGACUUCAAGAAGUCCCUCUUCAUGCUGCAGGGCUUCGAGAUCUGUCUUUAUCUGACCGCUGCCAUCGUCAUCUACUACUACGUCGGCACCAACGUCGAGUCUCCCGCCCUGAUCUCCGCCGGCCCUCUCAUGAAGAAGAUCGCCUUCGGCAUCGCCAUCCCCACCAUCAUCGGCGCCGGCGUCGUCAAUGGUCACAUCGGCCUGAAGUACAUCUACUUCCGCCUCACCUCCAAGUCCGACCUGAUGCACCAGCGUAACUGGAAGUCCGUCGGUCUCUGGCUCGCCCUUGGCGUGUCCUGCUGGAUCGUCGCCUGGAUCAUCGCCGAGGCCAUCCCCGUCUUCAGCGACCUGAACUCCCUCAUCAGUGCCCUGUUCGCUUCCUGGUUCAGCUACGGUCUGUCCGGUAUUUACUGGCUGCACCUGAACGCCGGCCAGUGGUUUGCCUCGCCGCGCAAGAUUGCCCUGACCAUUCUUAACAUCGCUAUUGCCCUGCUUGGUCUGGUGCUAUGCGUGCUGGGUCUUUAUGCCUCUGGCACGGCUAUCCACGAUGAUACCAGCAACGCAAGCUUCAGCUGCUCUUCCACUUAA